AUGAAUGAUAUUACAAGUCAAUUUAGUAUGAGAGAUAAUAGAUCUAUAAAUACUCAAUCUAAACAUCUACGGAAUUUUAAAGAUUCAAAUGUGAUACAAUCCCAACAAUUCUCAAAUAAUUUUCAAAAUUCUGCAGAUGUCCCCAUCCAAGCAGAUUAUAUAGACAGGAAUGUUCUAGAUGCACCAUUAGCACAGCUUCAUAAUUUAGAUAUAUCUUCAAAUUCAAAUAUUGAUAUAAAUCUAAAUAAAAGUUUUGAAAUAUAUAAUCAAUUUGAACAAGAAGUACCAAUUCAAGAACCUAUCAAGUCAAAUCCACAACUUAUAACAAGAGAACCUAUCAAACCUCAACAAUCAAUACCCAAACUUAGAAACAUGAAAUCAAGAUUGGAUAUGUUGGAUAAUUCUCAAUUAACUUCUUUUCCAUUAGCACCACCAAGAGUUUGUUCUGAAGCUAUUACAAAUGGGAAUAAUUUGAAAAGUCCUGAAAUAAAUGCACAAGAUAUAAUACAAAGUCGACCAAAUUCUCAAUUUUUAGAUAUUGAUCCAAUUGUACUUGUGGAAGAUUAUAUAAAACAAAAACAAUUAAAUAGGAAAAAAUUAUCAGUUAUGGAUUUGAAAACUUCAAUAAAGACUUUUAAUUCAAUGGAUCAAAAUGAAUCACCCCAGGGACCAAAUUAUUUAACAAGAGCUAAAUCGAUUCUUUCAGAAACUUUCCCAUCAUCAUUACAAAAUUCACAACAUGAUAAUCAAGAUCAUCAAUUACCAUCAUCACAACCAAGUACAUUACUUUUAACAAAAAAUUCUAUUGAUGAUGAAGAAGAAAGUAUAACGUCAUCUAAUCAAGAUUUUUAUAGUGCCAAAACUUCUCAAUCAAGAUCGUUAUCAUCAACAGGAUCAAUUCAUACAAAUGUAUCACAUAUUUCAAACAUAUCAAAUGUACCAACUUUAAAAUUAUCAACUUCAAAUGAUCAAACAUUUGGUGAAUUUUCAAUCCCAUCAACUUCAGUAUUUGCAUCAUCAACAACUUCUUUAAUUUCAACAGAUUCUAAUAAUAUAAAUGGUGAUUCAUCAUUAAGAUAUUGUGUUAUUUGUGAUUCUCCAUUAUAUGAAAUAAGUAGUUUAUUAACUCAAGAUAAUCAAUUUUCAGAAUUUGUUUGUUCAAAUUGUACAGAACAAUAUGAACAAUUAUCAAAAUUAAUUGAAUCAUUUGAUCAAAGUAUAUCAGGGAUGAAAUCUAUACCAGAAGAUUCAUCAAUUGAUGAUAUUGAAGAAUUAUUAAAUCAACCAGUUUUGAAAAAAACUAAAAUCGAAUCAUUAUCAUCAUCAAAGUAUAAUGGAUUCUCUUCCCAUUUAGUUAAUAAAUUACAUACACAAUUAGAAUCUUCAAAUUUAUCACCAAGAUCUCCUCAAAGGUUUAAUCGUCCAUUAAUGCAUCAUCAUCAACAACAACGUCAUCAACAUACACAACAACAUCAACAACAAACAAAUUUAAAUUCAAGACAAUCACAAUGGUUGAAUGAAGCAAGAAGAAAAUUAAGAUGGAGAUGGAGAUUAAGUGGAUUAUUACCACAAUUUUUAGAGAAGAAAUGA